CCAAAAAGCCACACUAGGGCCUCUCUCUCUCUCUCUCUCUCUCUCUCUCUCUCUCUCUCUCUCUCCAUGGACAAAUCUUACACGAAGCUUCCGACUAGCCACUUGCUCGGUCCAGACCCGGCUGUCAUCAGUGAAGAAAAGAAAGCAAGUAGUUAUGAGGGCCCUGAAGAAAAUUCGCCAUUAUUUCCUCCAAACAAUGGCAGUCAGGCACAGGGAUAUCAAACUCUUGGAAGUCCAAGUGAUGGAGAUAAACAACAAUCAACGAACAAUUGGAAGGGAUUGUUUAGCAUCUCAUCAUACACACCAUAUUUCAAUGUGGACACGGACAUUGUGUUGAACAGAUUGAUGAGUUCGUUGUACCCCAUUAAUGUAGAUUUUUUCAGCAAGAUUAAUGCCAACCCUGAUCUUUACGGGCUUAUCUGGACUGCUACCACGUUGGUAUUUGUGAUUGCUUCCCUUGGAAACUGUGCGACCUACCUGAUGGACUUAUGCAGUGACACUAGUACUUCUUGGAGCUUUAAUGUCAGCUACGUAGAUGUGGCGGCAUGCUUAAUAUACGGCUAUGUAAUAGUCGUGCCAUUGGGAUUCUACUUCUUGCUUCAGUAUCUGGGUUCAAACCCCAGACUCGUUUGCUUUUGGUGCAUGUGGGGAUAUUCACUUUUCAUUUUUGUUCUCAGCUCGUUUUUAUUGGUUAUCCCUGUGGAAUCUGUCCGGUGGACUAUUAUCAUCAUCACUGGUGCUUCAUCAGCUUCCUUCGUUGCCUUGAACCUCAGGUCAUCUAUGCAGGGGAAUGAUCUGACACUGGUGCUAGUUGCUGCAUUUAUUUUGCAAAUGGGUUUGGCGCUCUUCAUCAAGAUGUGGUUCUUUGCAUAAACCUGCCACGAUACUAUUUGUGCUCAGUUGAUGUGUUUUCUUUGUAGCAUGAGAUACUAACCUACUUGAAGCCUGGAUCAGGGAAGAAGAAUCAUUUUUUUGGCUUUGUUCUACACUCUGGCUUAUGUUAUAAUUUUGUAAAGCAAAGAGACAUUGAACAAUACGAAACUAUCUGAGAUUGGUGAAUAGUUUUGGAGAGUAUUUUGCUUGUGUGUAAGUGUUGAAUGUCCAGGUUAUUCAGGCCUCGCAGUCUUGUCUAUUCAGCUUGUAAAUACCUAAUAUAUGAACUUUGCGUAGAUGUAGUAAUCUUGGUGAAAAUUGUGUUUCGGUAUGCCUCCAA